ACUGCAAACGAGACUCUGCCCGGUUUUGGAGGAGGAGGAACUCAGAGGGCAGUUCCAGACGGCCGGGGAAUAGCGGGACCGGGCWGGAGACGCCUCCGCUGCUCCUCCCGCUCCCUCAUCCCGCACAUCCCAGCACCCAGAGCCCGGAGCCACGCUCCAGCCGGGAAUGCGGGAGCCUUCCUGACACCGGCMACUCCACAAAGUCCUUUUUCCUUACGUUGCGGAGGGAUUUGGGGGAGAAGUUUUGAUGACCUCAUUUUCCAGGCAUCUGAAUAUCCUGAGGGGCCACUGAGAUGUUCCAGCAGGCCUUGUUUCCCACUCUCCUUUGUAUGGCAUUAGUUCCUUUCCACGCCGCUCAGCUUGAUGUGGAUACUGGAGAUGUCAGUCCUACCUCCUGUGCAGAAAAGAGGAACUGUCCCAUCAAUGUCUACUUCAUCAUCGACACCUCRGAGAGCGUGGCUCUGCAGACUGUGCCCAUCCAGAGCCUCGUGGACCAAAUCAAGCGGUUCAUCCCCAUAUUCAUCGAUAAACUGGAGAGCGAGCUCUACCAGAACCAAGUCUACAUCACCUGGCAGUUUGGUGGUCUCCAUUACUCAGAUGUGGUAGAAAUUUACAGCCCUUUGACGAGCAGCAAAGACAUUUACCUGCCCAGGCUGUCAGCCAUCCAGUACCUGGGCCGGGGCACCUUCACRGACUGUGCCAUCUCCAACAUGACCCAGCAGAUCCAGACCCAGAUGGCCAACGGYGUGAACUUCGCGGUGGUCAUCACCGAUGGCCACGUGACGGGCAGCCCCUGCGGGGGCAUGAAGGUGCAGGCUGAGAAGGCGCGAGACAUGGGCAUCAAGCUGUUCGCUGUGGCCCCCAGCGAGAAGGUGUACGAGCAGGGCCUGCGGGAGAUCGCCAACCUGCCGCACGAGCUGUACCGCAACAACUACGCCAUCACCCAGAGRGACACCCUGGAGAUCGAUGUCAACACCAUUGACAGGAUCAUCCAGGCCAUGAAACACGAAGCCUACGGUGAGUGCUACAAGUUGAGCUGCCUGGAGAUUGCAGGUCCACCUGGUCCCAAGGGAUACCGAGGGCAGAAGGGUGCAAAGGGGAAUAUGGGUGAGCCAGGCUCCCCUGGGCUGAAGGGACGACAGGGUGACCCGGGUAUUGAAGGUCCGAUCGGAUACCCUGGUCCUAAGGGUGUCCCAGGGCUGAAAGGAGAGAAGGGAGAAAUUGGAUCCGACGGACGGAGGGGUGCCCCUGGCUUGGCGGGAAGGAACGGCACAGAUGGACAGAAGGGCAGGCUGGGGAGGAUUGGACCACCAGGAUGCAAGGGUGACCCUGGUGACAAGGGCCCUGAUGGCUACCCAGGAGAUGCAGGAGACCAAGGUGAAAGAGGAGAUGCAGGCAUAAAGGGGGAUCCUGGCCGGCCUGGUCGCAGCGGACCCCCGGGACCCCCAGGAGAAAAAGGAAACCUGGGACUUCCAGGCAACCCUGGAGCUCAAGGGCCUGCUGGAACCAAGGGAAGRAAAGGUGAAGUGGGACCUCCUGGACCUAAAGGAGAGGCUGGCCGACGUGGAGAUCCAGGGACRAAAGGCAGCAAAGGCUCUCCUGGAGGCAUAGGAGAAAGGGGAGAUCCUGGUCCAGAGGGUGCUCGAGGUCUGCCCGGUGAGGUUGGAAACAAAGGAGCCAGGGGAGAACAAGGACUGCCAGGACCCCGAGGUCCUUCGGGUGCUGUGGGAGAGCCAGGCAGGAUCGGAUCACGAGGAGACCCUGGUGACUUGGGCCCAAGAGGUGAUGCUGGACCACCAGGACCAAAGGGUGACAGAGGCAGACCUGGCUUUAGCUACCCUGGACCCAGAGGACCUCAGGGUGACAAGGGUGAGAAGGGGCAGCCAGGACCCAAGGGGACCCCUGGCCCACCAGGAGAUCCCGGUCUGACUGACUGCGAUGUGAUGACCUAUGUGCGAGAGACGUGUGGAUGCUGUGACUGUGAGAAGCGCUGCGGUGCCCUGGACAUCAUGUUUGUCAUAGACAGCUCCGAGAGUAUCGGCUACACCAACUUUACUCUGGAGAAGAACUUCGUCGUCAAUGUGGUCAGCAGGCUGGGCUCUAUUGCCAAGGACCCCAAGUCACAGACAGGUGCCCGUGUUGGGGUGGUGCAGUAUAGCCACGAGGGRACUUUUGAAGCCAUCAAGCUGGAUGACGAGCGCAUCGAUUCCCUGUCGAGCUUCAAGGAAGCGGUGAAGCGCCUGGAGUGGAUCGCUGGAGGCACCUGGACACCGUCUGCCCUUCAGUUUGCCUACAACAAGCUCAUCAAGGAAAGCAGGAGAGAGAAGGCCCAAGUGUUCGCUGUGGUGAUCACAGACGGGCGCUACGACCCCCGGGACGAUGACAAGAACCUGGGGGCUCUUUGUGGUAGAGAUGUGGUGGUCAACACCAUCGGCAUAGGGGACAUGUUCGACCAGCCGGAGCAGAGUGAGACACUGGUGUCCAUCGCCUGCAACGAGCCCCAGCGAGUCCAGAAGAUGAGGCUCUUCUCAGAUCUGGUGGCAGAGGAAUUCAUUGACAAGAUGGAAGAUGUACUCUGCCCAGAUCCACAGGUCGUCUGUCCCGAGCUGCCCUGUCAGACAGAGCUUGCCGUAGCACAGUGCACCCAGCGCCCCGUUGAUGUGGUGUUCCUGCUGGACGGCUCGGAAAGGAUUGGGGAGCAGAACUUCCAGAGCGCRCACCGCUUCGUGGAGGAGGUGGCGCAGAGGCUGACGCUGGCCCGCAGCAGCAGCGACAGCAUGAACGCCCGCAUCGCGCUGCUGCAGUACGGCAGCGAGCGGGACCAGAACGUGGUGUUCCCGCUGACCCACAACCUGACCGAGAUCGCCGACGCCCUGGCACAGAUCAAAUACCUGGACUCAUCCUCCAACAUCGGCUCGGCCAUCAUCCAUGCCAUCAAUAACAUCGUGCUCAGCCCGGGCAACGGGCAGCGGCUUGCCCGGCGCAACGCCGAGCUCUCCUUCGUCUUCAUCACCGACGGCAUCACAGGAAGCAAGAACCUGGAGGAGGCCAUCAACUCCAUGAAGAAGCAAGAUGUCAUGCCCACAGUGGUGGCUCUGGGGAGCGACGUGGACAUGGAUGUCCUGCUGAAGCUUGGCCUGGGGGACCGGGCAGCCAUCUUCCGGGAGAAGGACUAUGACAGCCUCUCCCAGUCCAGCUUCUUUGACAGGUUCAUUCGGUGGAUUUGUUAAAGGAAGGGUGGGCACACAUCUUCCUCUCGCUGAUAUACACUCUCCCGGUAUUACCUGUUCUGUUUGCUCCCCUCUGUAUGGUUGCUAGCCCAGAAGAGCUGCCCUCUGGGUCCUCCCUUCUAGCCAAAAUCCAGAGCUCUUUAUUGAUUUCCAGGAUGAAGAGUCAUGUAUCUUACAUUUAUGGUGCUAAUUAAAACCCAGAUCGAAGCAG